ACUUCCGGUUCACAGUGAGUGAGCAUCGCGCAGUGUUGAUCACUGGUUGAUCAUUACGGACCGUGUGUGAGUUUUAUUACUAAAUUAAGUUUAUAAACAGUAUAAUAUGGCGACGUUCUUCGGCGAGGUGUUGUCAGUGUAUUCUCGAGCUGUGGAAGAGGAUGAGUAUGAAGACAUGACGAAUGAAAACGAGGAAGAUGAGCAGAUCCGGCGCGAAAUAGAGGAGAAGAGGUCAGUGGAGGUGUGCUGGCUCUUGGGCUCUCAGGACGGGCCCCUGCAGUGUUCAGAGCUGAUCAUCGGUGCGGGGCCGAACGCCAGCGGUUUUCUCCGUGCGUACCUGCUAAGCACUCCUGGAUGUACAGCAGUGGCGUGGCUCUCCUUCUGGAAUGAGCGGAGCCGGGGGUCUGAGCGGCCGACGGCGACCCCGGGGCCCGGAGAGCCCUCCUGUGUGCUGUACCGGCUGGAGAGCUGUCCCACUGUGCUAAUCUGCCAGUGCCAGGGUUUCGUGGCAGAGGAUCAGCUGUUCCAGUUUACACAGAAGGUCUUCUCAUGUGUUCAGACGAGAGAUCUGAACGUCACCGUUCUCUCAGACUGCUCCUCGGCUGAUUAUAAGACAUCAGACUACCUGAGUGGGAGCAGCACACCAUUCCUGCGCUGUCUGAAGACCAGCGCAUACACACACACCGUCACAUGCCCACCGCUGGAGCAGCCCAACAUCUGCAGCGGACUGGCAGCCGCAGUCCUCAGCCACUGUCAGGUUCAUCAGAUCUCCGCUGUCCUUUACCAGUGCUACAGUGAUGUUCUCCACCCAGACUCCUCCAGCAUGCAGAUGUUUGCAGCAACUCUGAGCUCAGUGCUGAAGCUGGAGCAGAGUCUCAGUGCAGACGUCCUGCAGAGGGUGACGCGGGUCAGCGAGAUCCAGAGUAACCUCUACACCUGAACACAGAACACCUGAGUGUCCAGUCUGAGUCUGCGCUGUUCCCCAUCUCCAACACACGGGGGCGACAAAACCUUCAGUUAGCAGCAACAUCUUCACAUCUCCUGCUGAAAUAAAGGGAAACUGACAGCA